UAGGUCGCCAGGGGUCAGCAUUGGACGGUAGAUGCAUGCUGUCUGCAGCGGGAGCUGAUCGGUGCCGUUAUUAAUCAGGUGAAGCGCAGACUGUUUUGUCGAGAUUUCUUGCUUAUAGUUUUAUAUAUAUAUGUAUAGACAUAUUCUUCAGCCGUUCUCUGCUGGUGUUCAUGUGAGGAGGAGGUGAGGUGUUAUCCACUGUGGCUUGGGAUGCGCAGUGCGCUGCUGACUGCAGUGUAAACAAGACUGUCCGAGCCUGCGGAGCUGCAGAUCACCACGCACUUCUUGACAGCUGCUUGAAAGACACUGUGUUGAUCAAGAAGCGUCUUUUUUUCUGUUCUCCGAUCUCUGUAAGCGGAUAAGAACCUUAAUUUAAUCGGCGCUUUUAAAAGGAUUUUCUGCGCCUUUUCAAAUUAAACUCCACAUAUGUCACUCAGUGCAUCUACUACUUCCGUGCAAACACCACUCCCAGAUUGCCCUUUAAACACCUCAACGGUUUUAGCUGCAAAGAAGCAGUCAACUUCUUGGUUUUUUCUUCUUUUUUUUAAUAUUCCAAAAAUGACGGACAACCAGGAGAACACCGACGCUGAGGACGCGUCUCCGUCCGGGAGCCCGACCUUGCCGCUCCGGCCGCCCUGCGAUCGCCUGCCCUGCCAUAAGAGCAGCGUGUGCUCCCGCUCCUACUUUGUGGUCGUGAUGGUGUUUUUCCAUGUCUACAUCAUUAAUGUCAUAGCGCUGCUGUUUUACGUGCACUACAGCAGCGGGCAGGAGGACGCCAGCUCAAGCAGCGAUGCUCCCAGCGGAGGUGGCCAACCCCAGCGCUCGGAAGCGCGACGUCCGUCGCCAUCGAAGCCCGACUUUGUGCGGGAUGUUUCCCUGACGAGAAUCGAGGGGAUACGGGUGGGACAUGUCCAGAAGGUGUCUCUGGUGCCAGGCAGAGUGCAUGAGAUGAAGACUUUGAGCCUGAAACCGCUGCUGUUUGAGAUCCCUGGGUUUUUGUCAGAGGACGAGUGCCGCAUGGUGAUGCAGCUCGCUCAGCUGAAGGGUCUGAUGGAAAGCCAGCUGAUGGUACAAGAAGGCCAAGAGGAGCUGGCUAAAGAGCUCGACCUGAGCCCUGAAGAGAUCUUUAACCUUCUUGAUAUCAACCAGGAUGGACAGCUGCAGCUGCAUGAGAUACUGACUCAUUCCAGAGUGAGAGACGGCAUCUGGCUCACUCCAGAGAACCUGCGAGAAAUUUAUGACGGGCUCAAAGCCGAUAAGGAUGGCGACGGUUUGCUGAGCCAGGAAGAGUUUCGGCUACUGAGCAGCGACGCCUUCCAGCGCUUCCUGCUGGAACGAGGGGUGAAAAGGAGUCAGCUGGUUCGGAACAGCCGGCACACCUGGCUCUAUCAGGGCAAAGGAGCCCAUCAGGUACUCCAGGAAAUCAAAGAGAGGGUGACUCGUCUCACUCGGCUGCCGGCCGCUUUAGUGGACCUGAGUGAGCCGCUUCAGGUGGUUCGAUAUGAGGAGGGGGGCCACUACCACGCCCACCAUGACAGCGGGCCGGUCUACCCUGAAACAGCAUGCACACACACACGUCUUGCAGCAAACACCUCCACUCCUUUUGAGACUUCUUGCAGGUACAUCACAGUUCUCUUCUACCUGAACUCUGUUGAUGGGGGCGGGGAGACCGCAUUCCCUGUGGCAGACAACAGGACCUAUGAUGAAGUGUCUCUGAUACAGAAUGAUGUGGAUCUGAUGGACACCAGAAGAAACUGUGACAAGAGCAACCUCAGAGUGAAACCCACCAAAGGGAUGGCUGUUUUCUGGUACAACUACCUCUCCGAUGGAAGAGGUUGGGUAGGAGAGCAGGAUGAAUAUGCUCUGCAUGGAGGCUGUGUGGUCACCCGCGGCACUAAGUGGGUAGCCAAUAAAUGGAUCAAUGUUGAUCCAGAUUACCAGCGCCAGGCUCGCUACCAGCAGUUGGUUUCACAGCUGCCAGACGAUGAGAAUGACGACGAUCUGACUUCGAAUGCAGACAUACAGAAUCCCAGCAUCCAUCAAGAUUUGUAGCUCCGACACCAAUACAUUCAUAUGUUUAACAACAAAAUCCUCCACCUCUUCCUCUUUCCCAGUGCACAGCAUUUUUUGGACCAGUUUGCAGGGUUGAGAUUUAUUCAGGGAAUGAGUUCACUGUGGGAAAUAGAUCCUUUUUCUACAACAGUCUGUUUAUUUUGUGUAUUAUUCUAUUUCUAUUUCCCACUGUAGGAGUGUUGCAGUAGAGCCUGUGGAAGAAUUGUAAAUUUUAAAUGUUUCAAAGUGUGUAGGGUUUAGUGACAUCUAGUGGCAAAGUUUCCAAGUGCAUGCUGUUGAUUUUUUUCCCCUUUUUGAAACUCAUCUUCCAGACCCUGUAGGUCAAUAUCAGCAGCUGUCAAAGAGAAAAAGUAUUUUUAAAAUUAUUGACAUAGCCAGGGUUUGUCUAUUCCACUAUAAAAAAUACUGCAGGAACCUGCAAAAAAGCGACUCAAACAAUCUCUAUGUAAACAUCUAUUUUUUUCUUCAAUAAUAGCACAGUGUUUCUUAUAUUAUUGUGAUAUCUUGCCUUUCUGCCAGUAGAUUCCUCUAAAUGUUACACACGUGAACUUAAAAUGACACAUUUCUUUGCAUGCAUAAUUUAAAAGGUUUUGCUGUGGCUACAAGCAAAUAUUUGCACUAGAAAAUUGUGACAGCUGCCGUUACCAAAAGAAGCUCACACCUCUCGGUGUGAUGCAUGAUGCCUUGUCUAUGUCUCUUCAAUACAAUACUACUGUUUUCUUCUAGAAUGCACAAUGAAUGAAAAUGAUGUCCAGAGUUAAUUUUAUUUAUUUAUUAAAUAAUUACUGAAAAUGCACUCUCUCACUGUUUCCUGCACCAAAUAAAAUGUAAUGAAACUCAA